AUGAAUGCUCUGCUGCUAGCAGCCUGGUUUGGUCGCCUCAACAUCCUACAGAUCCUCGUGGCCUCUGGAGCAAAACUCAACUCUGAAAACAAAAAUGGGCUGGGUCUGCUGCACUGUGCCGCCCAGCGGGGUCAUAGCAGAGUGCUGGAGUUCAUCAUGGAGGACCUAGUAGAGGACGUACUGCUGGACAGGGUGGACAAUUCUGGGAAGACAGCGUUUCACCUGGCUGCAGAACAUGGACAACUAGAGGUGGUUGAGUUCCUCAUCGGUAUGGGCUGCACUCACGGCCUCAAGGAUAAGGAUGAAAACAUGGCCAUCCAUCUAGCAGCCAAGCAUGGACAUAAAGAGGUCCUGCAUAAGUUAGUUGAGACAGGAGUGGACAUUGACGAGAGAAACAUAGACGGACUGACACCUCUGCACCUGUCCUCUGACGGAGGUCACUAUGAAUGUGUCAAACUACUGCUGGAGGCCUGCUGUAAUGUCAACGUGCUGACAAACAAGAAUAUGAAUGCCCUCCACUACGUGGCCCAGCACGGCUUAGAGAGGGAGACCAGUCUGCUGCUGCAGGCGGGCGUCAACACAGACACCGUGGAUGGCCAACACACAUCCCCUCUUCACAUCGCCGUGCUCCACAAUCACACUGAGGUGGUACGGCUGCUAAUAGACGCUGAAUGUGACCUGGACAUAUCUGACAAUAGGCUCCAGACAGCCCUGCACAUUGCAGCAGAGCAUGGAAGACAGGACAUCGCUGAGAUGAUCCUCAUAGCUGGGGUUAACCUCAAACUACUGGAUAAGCAGGGGAAGACUUCUCUGGAGGUGGCAGCCAGAGGAAACAAUGUCAUCUUAGUGGACAUGAUCAUCAAAGCAGACCGGUUUUACAAGUGGGAAAAGGACAACGUGAUCAGCGAUGGUGAUUCGUGGCUGGGGAAGCAGCUGAGCUUUAAGCAGGACCACCAGGUGGAGACCCAGCACCUGCGCUCUGUCACGUGGAGGCUGGCCACCAAAGACCUAUCCCGCGGGGAGUGGAAGAGCCUCGCACAGCACUGGGGCUUCACGGAUGCCCACAUACGCUCCAUAGAGCAGCAGUGGACAGGUACAAAGAGCUUCAAGGAGCAUGGGCACCGUAUGUUGCUGAUCUGGCUGCAUGGAGUAGUCAUCGCAGGGGAGAACCCAAUCAAAGGCCUGUAUGAGGGACUGGCGGGGAUCUCCAGGACCGACCUAGCUGAAAGCAUCAGACAGAAGGCAAAUGCAGAAACAAGCUCUCCCAAGAAAUGCACUGCCAUGUGAACAAGUCCAUCCUGAAACACACUGAUAUACUGCAGGAAUAAAUGCCCAUUCCAGGGUUCAAAACUAAAAAUAGUGUCUGAAUAAAGUUAACACACUGAACAGAAAUAUAAAUGCAACAUGUAAAGUGUUGGUCCCAUGUUUAAUGACCUGAAAUAAAUUAUCCCAGA